CGAAGAGCAGGCCCUAGCCCUCGUUCUUUAAAGUGGGAAAUCUCUUGUCCUGCUACAGACCUGUCAGAGUCCUGGAGAUCUGGAUGCACCCAGCUCACCACAUAGCAUGCAAUGGAUCAGGACAUGGAGGUAUGGAAGCAAAUAUUCCAGGAAUUAAUUCAGGAAGUGAAGCCAUGGCACAAAUGGACCCUGAGAGUAGACAAAGACCUUCUUCCCAACAACCUGAAGCUGGGGUGGUCACAAUACCAGCAGUGGGGCUUUGCCAGGUUCCAAUGCUCCUUGUGCUCUCGAAGUUGGGCCUCUGCUCAAGUGCAUGUCCUUUUCCACAUGCACAAGAGUGAGGGGAAGCCCAGGGGCAAAGUGAAGAUGAGAGUCUUUGCCCAGAGAUGUCGGAACUGCGAUCAGUCUCCAUUUGAGUUUCCCGAGUUCACAAAAGAGAACAUCUCAAGGAUCCUGAACAACCUGGUGUUCCGAAUCCUGAAGAAAUGCUACAGAGAAGGAUUUAAGUCAAUGGAAGAGAUUCCCGUGAUCAAGGAAAUCACUCUUGAAGGGCCACACGACAAGAACAACUGCGAGGCGUGUCUGCAGGGCUAUUGUGCUCAGGGUGGGUUACGUGAGGCCAUGCAGUCACCAGUGUCGCUGACACCUCCCACCAUAAGCUCACCUGCUCUUGAGACAGACAUUCCCAUGCCCUCUCCCAUAAGGAGUGGCACCACCAUGGACGCCGUGAAGGGGAACGCUGGGGCCAACAAGAGUAAGGCUUUACCCCGACCCUGGUGUUCUGGGCCCACACAGAAUGCGAUCCUCCCCACCCACUGGAGCCCGAGAGCAAACACCCACUAUGGCAUGGAGAGGAGAGCCCAGGUCAGCACCUCAAGUGAGGUGCUUUAUUCUCACAUACCCCAGAAUCCCAGGUACAGGAAUUUGAAUGCUUGCUACUGUUUUCUCCUUCUGAUCAUUGUAGUGGUGAUUAUCGUAGAAACCAUUCAGUGGACCUCAACAUGAUGCCAAGUUCAAAGUCAUGCAAUAUGAUCCCACUGAUAGGAAAUAUCCAGAACAGGUACAUCCAGAGACAGGUAGUAGACUUGGUGGUGGCCAGGGGCUUCUUCAGCAAAGGGGAUUAAUCUGUACGGGCCUUUUGGGGGGCCAAGGGUGGAUGGUGAUGAUGAUGUCUGGCACAAGACGGAGGGAGGGGUCAUACAACACUGGGCAUGCAGUAAAUGCCAUUGAAUUGUUCAUUUUAAGGUGUUUGGUUUCGUGUGAUUUUUUAAUGGUUGGUGUUAAUUUCACCUCAAUUAAAUUUUGUGUGAAAAACACUGAAAUUCUGCUCAUUCUCUGGAGAACUGAGACUAAAGCCUUUAUGCUCACAGAACCACUUGGAAAUCUCAUGAGACCUGUGGAUGUUCUUUCCCCUGAGAAGCUUGCACAGACUCUAUGACAUCAGCCCAUGGAGGCACUUGGCAUGGUUUUCAUUAGGCUGAAAAUCUGGGUCUCGAAGCAGUGUUCUCCACCACAGGGUCCACACAGCUCAGGGCUGCGGCAGGACCAUCCACCCAGGUUGGGGAGAUAAGCUUCAAAUUCUAUUUCAUGUUUCUUUGUACUUUACUAUUUCUCGCUGCAUGGUGUAUAAUGUAGGUUAGUGUACUAAUAGAAUGGUGGUGUGAUACGAUGCGUAA